AUGCUGACUAAGGGUGUGCGUGCGUUGGCAUGGUCGCCCAGGAGAUAUAUCACUCUGGAUGCCGAAGCUGCGAAGCCGGUGGUCGCCAAGCGGAGGAGAAUGACGGAGUUCACUGACAAACUCAACAAAGGCCCAUCGUUCGAGGACUUUCUCACCGGCAAAGCCGCGCAAAUGACGUUGGAUCCACUGGAGGAGGCGAGGCAGAACGCAGAGGAGUCAAAGAAGCUUCCUGCGUGGCUCAAGGUGCCGAUUCCCAAGGGCAAGAACUUUCACAAGUUGAAGGAGGACGUGCGAGAUCUGAAGCUCAGUACCGUGUGCGAGGAAGCAAAGUGCCCGAACAUCGGUGAGUGCUGGGGCGGCAACAAGGGCAGUGCCACUGCAACGAUCAUGCUGCUUGGGGAUACUUGCACGCGGGGGUGCCGCUUCUGCUCUGUGAAAACGAACCGGACACCAGCGAAGCCUGACCCCAAGGAGCCGGAGAACACUGCAGAGGCCAUCUCGCGCUGGGGGCUUGGAUAUGUUGUGCUGACGAUGGUGGACAGGGACGAUCUGCCCGAUGGCGGCGCACACCAUCUUGCUGAGACGGUGCAGCGCAUCAAGCAAAAGGCGCCACAUAUUUUGGUGGAAACACUUGCGGGAGACUUCCGGGGCAACCUAGAGAUGGUGGAUGUGAUGGCCCGUUCAGGACUUGACGUUUACGCCCACAAUGUGGAGACGGUUGAGGCGCUAACGCCACAUGUUCGAGACCGCAGGGCGACUUACCAGCAGUCGCUCAGUGUGUUGAAGAGGGCGAAGCAGACGGUUCCAACCCUAGUUACAAAGACAUCUAUCAUGCUUGGGAUGGGCGAGACAGACGAGCAGGUGCUACAAACUAUGAAGGAUCUCAGGGCUGUGGACUGUGAUGUCGUUACAUUUGGCCAAUACAUGCGGCCAACCAGAAGACAUAUGAAGGUAGUUGAAUACGUUAAACCCGAGAAGUUCGACUACUGGAAGGAGAAGGCCUUGGAACUUGGCUUUCUGUACUGUGCAUCUGGUCCACUGGUCAGAUCUUCGUAUAAGGCCGGCGAAGCAUACAUAGAGAACGUUCUGCGGAAUCGACGCCAAGCAUAG